AAUAUUGUGUAAGUGUGUGUGUGUGUUUGGGUUGUAAUAAAAAAAAGUCUGAGGAACAGAGAGAGUGUCCCUCCUUCCUUCGUUGCUGUGUUACAGACAGAAAGAUGAGCGGCGGUGGUGGCUCUUCCACUUUUAGGGUUCCGAUCCCAAACAAUGUACGAAAAACCAUCCAAGACAUCCGCGAGAUCACCGGCAAGCAGCACACCGACGACGAAAUCUACGCCGUCCUCAAAGAAUGCUCCAUGGAUCCCAACGAAACCGCUCAGAAGCUUCUCUAUUUAGAUACUUUUCAUGAGGUGCGAAGGAGACGUGACCGAAAGAAGGAGGGAUUGAGCAACAGGGUUUCUGACGAGCCUAGGAUAAAGCAAGGUGGACAAGGGAGGGGGGGAAGGGGUGCUUCAGGAGGAUAUUCCUCUAACUUUCCUGAUGGUGGUGGUGGGAGGAACAUAGCUAAUCGAAGGGAAAAUGGAGUCAAUCACAUUGCAGAGAGAAGUCACGGUCCCUCUACUCAGCCUGUAUCGCAGAAAACUAAGACUACUACCACAUCUCAAGUUACAAGAGUUUCAGCUGUUGCACCUCCUGGUGCUGCAAAUCAAUCCAAUGGGAAGUCUGUUCACGUGUCUGCUGGUCAAUCUCCCAUUGUUAGUGUACCUAAAAGUAGUUCAGCUGGUAAUGACACUGGCUAUGAAGAAAGUGUCCAACCUCAAGCUGCUGCUGUUGCCACACCCUCUUUCCUUACUCAAACCAUUGGCUUAGUUACCAGUACCGACCAAGGAAAGUCUUUGUCAAGUUCUGAUCAACUUCAAACUUCUGCCAUGGGUGUCCAUUCUUCUUUGGAUCCUGUUGUAGCAUCUUCUGUCUCCCGGCAUUCUGGUGUCAGUGGUGCAAUCAACAGGGAAGUUGGAAGCAACCGGAUAUCCACUGGACCAAAUCAUGUUAAAGGAAAUAAACUUGUUCAAGAAGUUAGUGAUUUAUCAGCAUCCAAGAAUGAUAAAUCUGGGUCUGUGAGUUCUACAAGCAGAACAAAUACCCCACAGAAGUCAAAUGAAGUUGAACAUAAUCGGUUAUCUGAGCCCUCACAACUUUCAUCUCCAUCCCCAAAUGAUUCAUUGAGGCCAUCUUCUAGUUCCGGCAGCCAGCCACCUCUAGCUAAUAUCACAGAGGUUUCAACUUCAGAAGCUUGUGUGCAAUCUUCAGCGGAGUUAAGGCAACAUGUUACAUUUCCAAACCAUUUCCAAGUACCGGAGGCUUUAAAAAGUGGUCUGACAUUUGGAAGCUUUGAUACCUUUAGCCCAAGUGAAAAAUCUAACAGUGGAACUGAUGGGGACAAUAAUGCUUCUCGUGCUCUUGAACCUUCACCAGUGAGUGAUGAAGCGGCAACUUCAAGCAACCAAAAUGCAUCAUUAACUUCACAAGGGGAUCGUCUUGAUUAUCCACAUUCUUCAUCUUAUUUGAUUGAAAAGACACCAGCUACAGAAGGCAAUUCUAUAAAUGGUGCUGACACAAAGGUUGAUCAGCCAAAGAAGGAGUUUUUGUUGGCCCCCGAGGUCCCUCAACUUCCAACUGUUCAAACCCCUCAUAACUACGGUUUGAAUUUCAUGUCUACCAUGUUAGGGACUCAGCAGGUUCAAUUUGAGGGAACUGAGCCCCAGGCUCAAGAUACAUCUCGUUUUUCUAACUUUGUUAAUGCAAGUUCUCAGGCUGUGUCCCCUAGCCCAACCCCACCCUUACAGAGUUCUAUACCUGUGCCUCCACAAUCAGUUUCUAUUUUCAGGCCACCCUACCCUACUAACUUCUUCCCUUAUGGCCACUAUUACCCACCAAUUUAUGUGUCUCCCAUACACCAAUUUUUAAGCCACAAUGGUUUCCCUCAACAGCCAUCAGCUGGCAACAUGUAUCUACCAACAGCUGCUGGCAUCAAAUUCCCACUCCCCCAGUUCAAGGCAGGAGCAAACACAGGAAAUGCAGGUCAUAUUGGAAUUCCUUCUGGGUCAUUUAUCCCUCCACCUGUAGGUUAUGCGCCAGGACAAACAGUUAGUACCGGCAGCUCCACUGGAAAUGAAGAUCUUGCUGUGUCACAGUUAAAGGAAAACCAGAUCUAUACAACAGGACAGCUGAGUGAAGGCUCUGCAGUGUGGAUUCCUGCUCCAGGCCAAGACAUAUCCAGUUUGCAAGUUAAUUCUCUUUAUAACCUUACCCCUCAGGGACAACAUCUCACCUUCCCCCCAACACAGGCUGCUCAUGGAGCAUUUGCUGGUAUCUAUCAAGCAGGACAGGCAGUAGCUUCACCUUCAACCCUUUUGCAACAGUCUCAAGCUGUGGCUGGGCCUGUUGAAACUGUAGGGCCCCCUUCAGGAUCUUAUCAGCAACCUCAGCCUGCGCAGAUUAAUUGGAACUCUAAUUUUUAGGCUGGUAAACAUCUUCUUGGUGCGAUAAUGUUGAUAUGCACACUUGAUGUGCUCAGAUCCAGGGAAGUAUGAAUGAACACUGGCCUGAUCUGAAGUGUAAAUAAAAAUGCGGCCAAAGAAUGAGAAAGGAAAUUAGUAACUGUUUUUGGUGGAGAUUUGGUACUAACGAUUUUGAAGGGUGCUAGUCGC